AUGGGUACUUGCGGUGGUAUAUGUGGAUAGAGUAAUCCUGAAAAUACUAUUGUUAAAAUUUAAUAAGUAAAUAUGGGUGAUGUAGAUAAUUAAAUUGAGAUGGGAUUAUAAAUGGGAGAUGAAGGUGUUCCAAUUACACUUUAAUAAAGAGUUGAAGAAACAUUGAAUUAACCAAAUUAAAACAAUGAAAAUUAGGUAUAUGAUACAUAAAAGAGACCUUCUUUCAAAUUUGAUGAAAUUAAAACUUAAAUUUUAUAAGAGUCAGUACUAGAUAAAUGUUAGCCUGUAACAUUAGAAUCAGGAGCUAUUUAUACUGGAUAAUGGUAGAAUGAGUAGAGACAUGGUUGGGGAAAAUAAGUUUGGCCAGAUUAAUCAGUUUAUGAAGGAGAAUGGGUUAAUGAUAAGGCUUGUGGAAAAGGGAAAUUAAUACAUGCUGAUGGAGAUGUAUAUGAAGGUGAAUGGGUUAAUGAUAAAGCUAAUGGAUUUGGCAGAUAUUAUCAUAGUAAUGGAGCAACAUAUGAAGGAGAGUGGAAAGAUGACAAAUAACAUGGUUAUGGAGAAGAACAAUGGCCAGAUGGUUCAAAAUAUAAGGGUUUAUAUGAAGAUGGAAAGAAACAUGGUAAAGGUUUAUUAUAAUUUGUUGAUGGAUCAUUUUAUAAUGGAGAAUUCAAUUAUAAUGAUAUACAUGGAAAAGGUUGUUUAUUAUUCUUAAUUAAUAUAAGGUCGAUAUGUAUGGGCAGAUAAAAGAGAGUAUGAAGGAUAAUGGAAUAAUAAUUAAAUGCAUGGUAUUGGAAUUACUAAAUGGCCAGAUGGGAAAAUAUAUGAUGGAGAGUAAUUAAUUGAAAAUAAUUGUUUUUAGAUAUUUAAAUGAUAAAAAAGAUGGUUUUGGUACUUUUAUUUGGCCAGAUGGUAGAAAGUAUGUUGGAUAAUGGUUUGAUGGUAAAUAACAUGGUAGAGGAACAUUCACAAAAGUAAGUGGAGAAAGUAGAUAAGGUGAAUGGGUUGAUGGAAAAAGAAUCAGAUGGAUGGAAUUGGAGGAAUAAUAAACAAAUUGA